AUGACAGCAACUAGCAAUGAAAAUGCCCUAGCUGGCCGCGCCAGACUUGCUCACGUUAUCAAGACCAUCCCUGUUGUCGACAACCACGCCCACCCUCUGCUGCUUCCCACAGCCCUAGGUUCCUAUUCCUUCGAAGGCGUCGUCUCGGAGGCCAACGGAGAUGCAUUAUCAUUCGUACCCUCAUCUCUUGCACACAUAAGGGCUGUUAAACAGCUCUCGAACCUGCACAAGUGCCAACCAACAUGGGAAGCUGUGGUCACGGCCACUGAGGGCAAGAGGGCCCCCGAACGGUAUGAUGACUGGAUGGCUACUUGUCUCGCAGGAACUGAAACCAUCCUUGUCGAUGACGGCAUCGGCAAUCCUUUCGAACUCUACCCGUACGAGGCCUUGUCGGCUUACACAAGGAGCCGCUGCUGGCGGAUCGUAAGGAUUGAGAGGGUGGUGGAGGACAUUGUCAAUAGUCUACUCAGGCUGACGGGCAAAACGCCCGUUUCAUUCCACAAGGUCGUUGUCCAUUUCGAUGCCGAGAUUUCCUCUGCUCAAAGAGAUCCCUGGGUGGCGGGGUUCAAGUCAGCCAUCUGCUACCGGACGGGUUUAAUCGUGCCGACUUCGGUCGACGCGGACACUGCUGAAAGGGCCUUUGAGCAUGAACUUGCACGGCGGCGGGAAACGGGGGACUCCUCCCAAUUUCGGCUCCAACAGCCUUCUUUGACCGAUUACUUCCUCCUGAGGGCGGCCGCAAAGCUUCAGGACGCUCCCCAAGCUCUCGUAGGAUCCUGCAAAUUCACACCGGCUUCGGCGAUAACGACCUUGAUCUUGCAAAGGCAUCUCCCUCACACCUUCAAGACUUCAUCCGCGCGCAUCCGGCAGUGCAGAUUGUUCUCCUCCACACCGGCUGUUCGAGCUCACCCCUGGGCCAAAAUCCUCUUCAGCACCGAUGGAAACAUGUUUCCCGAGGUGUACUACCUCGGCCAACUACAGUUCAGACAAGCCUUAGAAAGUGUCCUCGCCGAGUAUGUUGCCAAAGACGAUCUAACCUGGAAGGAGGCUGAGAACGCUGCUGCUGGAAUCAUGUACCAGAACGCCAAUAAGCUGUACAGCCUCGGCCUUCCUAAGCCACAGCUGGACCUUCCCCGGCUCUGCAUACAUGACUCCGGGCCCCGACCAGCCACGACUGGUGGAAAUGCUCUGCAGAUCGUCGAGACUCUGUUGGAAUAUGACCUAGAGAUCCGCUACCUACGCUUGUACUGGAACGAUAUGACGGGGACGCCUCGCGUGAGGGCGAUUGACAUCAACCACGCCCUGGCGCAGCUCAGAUCUGGAGCUCUGUCUCUUGGCAUCACAACCGCGUCUCUCGGGCUAAUGCAGAAUGAUACCCUUGCGCCAGGAGCCACGGGUACCGGUGAGUUCAAGUUUUAUCCUGACUGGUCUUGGGUCCGUCGCGGUCCACGACCCGGGCACAUCUCUGUCUAUGGAGAAUUCCGGCACACCGACGGGUCACCUUCUCCGCUUUGCCCUCGGACAGCGUUGAAGAACGCCGUAGAGCUCGCGAGCUCGCACGGGUACGGGUUCCUUCUCGGAUUCGAGCUCGAACUCGUCCUUGUGCAACAGCACAAGUCCGGCUCUCUCGGGGAAAACGACCAAAGUAACGGCCAUUGCUGGUCCUCCUCUAGGGCGAUGGAUAGGCCAAUCUACGCCGACGUGAUCGAGAAGGCUAUUUCGUACCUACGCAGCGUUGACGUCCGCGUUGAGCAAGUCCACGCAGAGAGUGCUCCGGGGCAAUUUGAAGUGGUUCUUCCGGCUGUUCCAGCACUGCAGGCCGUCGACAAUCUCUUGUUCGUACGCGAAGUCAUCGCCUCCACUGCGGCCUCUGCGGGUUACCGCAUGACUUUGCAUCCGAAACCGUUUGCCAUGGCGGCAGGCACCGCCGCCCACGUCCACAUGUCCAUCACCGGGCCCAAGGAAAGCGACGAGCCCGCCGUCUACGAGAGGGUCGUGGACGGUUGCUGGGCUGGCGGAAGGUGGGUGGCCUGGGGCACCCAGAACCGCGAGACACCCCUGCGGAAGAUUGCCGGUAGCCACUGGGAGAUGAAGUGCAUGGAUGGCACGGCGAACCCAUACCUAGCGCUCGCAGCCGUGUUACAUGCCGGCAUUCGCGGCAUCCUGGACGGAGAGCAGUUGUCACUCCAGGAUUGUGCCGCGGACCCAGCGACUCUAUCUGCUACUGAGAGGGCGGGAUUCGGUAUCACCAAAAUGCUCCCCGGGACCCUGGCGGAGGCCUUGGAAGCACUCAAAGAAGACAAGGCCCUCGGCAAACUUAUGGGCCACGAGCUGGUAGAGCGCUACGUGUCUGUCAAGGGUGUGGAAAUCAGGGACUAUGAGGCAAAGAACGUUGAAGAAAGAAGACAAUGGAUCAUGGAACACUAUUAA